GCAGCAAGUUACCAUUCUUGUUCAUUUGCGGGCGAGUCCAGUGGAGUUGCUGCUCCAGAUCGUGGCGGAGUAGGUAGAAAGCAGCUCGGCGACCUGAUUGAAACGCUCCAACGAUUCAGAUCUGAUUCCAGAUCUCUACAAUUUUAUAUUCCUCACUCCUCACUCUCUUUUGCAUAUUUGUUUAAUCUCUAUUUUCAUCUAAACACUUCCUCUAAACCCUAACCUGCUUUUCCUCCCCAGUAUUGCUCCUGCUUCGUCAGUUAACUACCUUCCCGUUUUGAUUCUCAAUUGCCAACAAAAAUCGAAGCUUUUUGUAAUUUUGUUUCCCCCCUUUUCCUGUUUGCGCAAUUAUUGGUUUCUCACAAUGAAAGAAGGUAAAUCGAUUAAAGUCAGUCACCAGCAACAGCACCAGAAUGGUCACCUCUCGCCUUCCAAGUUCGCUAAAUUUCUUGAUCCCGAAGCUUCGUGGGAUAAGGUCCGCUCUUUAAUGUAUUCAUUGAAGGAUCAAUUGGGAGAUGUUUUACAUUGGAUUCGACAAGCUCUCGGCCUUGUGUUUGGAUUAUUAUGGGGUGCCGUACCUUUGGUUGGGGGAAUAUGGUUUAUCCUUUUUUUGGUGAUAUCCUCUGGGAUCAUAUAUGGUUAUUAUGCAGUAAUAUUAAAGGUUGACGAGGAAGAGUUUGGCGGUCAUGGUGCACUCCUUCAAGAGGGUCUUUUUGCUUCUAUAACUCUUUUCCUGCUUUCGUGGAUCCUAGUUUACAGUUUAGCACACUUCUGAUUGGCAGGGCAUUGGAGGUUUUGUAAAUAUCUCCAACUGUCAGUGGCAUUCGCCAGAUGUUACUUGAUUUUAUGAGAGUUGCCUUGAAAACAAUGAGAAGGAUCAUUCGAAUCGAAAUUAUUUGUUUUACUUCCUUAAUUGUAAAACGUUUUGACUUUGCAGAGCAUGAACAAAUCAGCUUCUGGUUUCCGUGGUAAAUACUGUAUUCUCCAUGCAUUCCUAAUGGCACCACGUGUUGUAGCAAAUUAUGGACUGCAGAAACCAUGGCAAACAACAUUCUGUUUUAGUUUAUCACUGAAAUAAAGUUUGCUUGCAGGCAUAAUUCUGACGGACCUUGUUGACGCGUUUCACAUUUCCUCUUACAUUUUGUUUUGAUAUUUCCUUAACUGUACAAAUACAGCCUUUACGCUUGGUUUUACACCUCUUUCAUCUUUAAACUCAUGCUGGAAUGAAAUCUCAUGGUAGUUUUUGGCUUGCAA